AUGAGGGAGCGUCUCCGUCAGAACAAUGCCGAGCUCAAGAACGAGAUCACCCACGCUGUGGGGCAGCGAGUGGAAGUUGUUGAAAAGACCGUCACGUCACAGCUCAUGGAUACACUUGCCACACAGGACGAACCGGAGGGGCGAUCAAGGAGCUGCAGGCCAACCACACCAACCUCGCCGCCCGCCUCGGGGCGCUCGAGCAACGGCCCCAGGGGCUGGGAUCCUCCUGGAGCUCCACGGUGGCCGAAUGUGGCCGACGAAUCGGAGAGACGACGACCUGCUAUGGUGAUGGGCGGAUGGGACGAGGACCAAGCUGCAGAGACGACUUUGGCUCGGGCGAAGCAGAUGAUCGCCGAUCUCCGCGUGGACCUGGACAUGACCGAAGCUUUCUGUCCAGGUGUCCGCCGAGGGUUUGUGAUCAUCCCCUACAAGCAACGUGGCGAUGAAACCGAGCAGGGGCUCCGCGACAGGCUGCGCGGGGCGACACAACGGGUGCAGGACACCAACAUAGAGCUGGGGCGUCGGGGCGACGGUCAAAUCCAGCGCCUAAAAGCGCCAAUGGUCGCGUCCAAGACCAAGCGACUCCUGCUCGAGAGCGGGGCGGACAAGAGCGACAUUGACACGGAAUGGUUCAGCGGCACACUCUGGCACAAGUCCGUGCGUAUGUGCAGCGCCGUGACAGCAGCACCCAUGGGGGCGACCACGGCCGGCACCCUCGGGGCGUGGAUCCACCUAGGGCAAGCAGCCCGCCAGCUGGGCAUGACAGAGGAGGAGCUCGUGGGGCGAUGGCAGCCGCUGGGGGCGUUUCACGAUGGAAGCCAAACUGGCCACCAGCUACAUGUGGCAACAUGGAACGUGGGAGGUCUGGAUAUACAGAGAUGUUCGGACCUGCUGGGGGAAAUGUUGAAGCAUGACACCUUGAGCUGUACUUCGUUGCUACUUCUCCAAGAGAUAGUUGUGCCGGAGCCUGGAAUUCAAUUUCAUGUCGCAAAAGACUGGAAGAUAGUUUACGGCAGGGCUGAUGCAGACUGGCGGGGCGAAGGAGUAGCGUACCUCGCAAAACUGGGCGGCCAUGAGCAUUCGGGGCACAUCGCAGGGGGCAUCUACACAGUUCUCAAGCACCCCGACGGCCGCAGAACCGGCCUGAUCAGCAUGUUGCGAGCAUGGGGCGAAACACACCCGAUGAGCAUCCAGCACCUGAUCAUCGGGGUGGACGCCAACGAAAGCUUGCACUACGUGGCGGAGCGGCUCACAGCAGAUACGGGGCAGGGCAAUGCACUGCUACACUGGAUGAUGGAGCAAAACCUCUACCUGCCGGAGCAGAACCUUGCAGCACCCAGCCACUACCCGUACAAUACCGCGUUCCAGCCGAGACGCCUCGACUACAUCCUCGUGCGACACAUCCGGGCAGGAGCAGGUCAGGUCGUACCAGCGUGCGACAUGGCCACCACAGACCACGAGCCGGUGCUGGUCGUCCUCCUUGAGGCCUGCAGAGCGGGGCAGCAAGCCUGUGCAGAGGCCAAACGGGGGCCCAAGCAGCUCCUAGAGCGCAAGGCACACACGGCCCAGUUGGCGGAAUAA